AUGUCGGCCGUGCCUGUGGUGUGGUGUUCGGAUCCGAACUCGUCGGAGAAGAAGCAACCGUUUGCGUUGCAGGGCAUCCAGCUGCAGGGCAACAUCACCGAGAAGCAUGUGCUCGCGAUGAAGGAGCUGAUCAACGCCGCUUCGGAAGGUCGCCUGUUGUUGCCCACCGACGGUGCCAUUGUCCUGCUCGAUUGCGGGCUCAGCAUCGGCAGCAUGGUGAUCGAGGGCAAGGCGGGUAAGGAGGUCGCAGCUGAGGCUGCCGCCGCUGCCGCUGCCACCGCCAGUGACGCUGCCGGUAAUCAUAAAUCAAUUCCGCCCAGCCGUCCUACCGCCGGGGCCAAUAAUUGUGAUCCGUCGCCGGUCGACGGGGGAGACUGUAAUAAUCAUAAUAGUAGCAAUAGCAGUAGCGAUGAGUCUGAUAGAAUAGCCACUAGUGAUAGGCACCGGCGGCUCGAGGCGACCGAGAAGCUGCGCGUAAUGCUCGAGCAGCAGUUGGACGGACGGGCGGACAUUGAUCCGGAUCAGCCGAAUGCAACGGUACUUCGCCAGACGGUUAGUGCCGAUGGUCAGGAGCGAGAGCUGCUGGAGCAGGAGGAGAAGGAGGUAGACAAGAAAAGGUCCAACAGCGAUGACGAUCAUCGAGCAGGAGAAAUGGAAAGAUCCGGCGAAGUGCUAGACCUGCCCGAGGAUCGAUUAGGUGGAGUUGCUCCGGGUUCGGAGAUUGACGGUUCCCUGGAGGAGGAAUCGAUCAGACGAAGUACGAAUGGAGAAGAGGAAGAAGGAUCUGGUGCAGUGGAGCGGGUGGCCACGACCUCUGGUCCGGAGCUGUUGUACGAGUUUCUGUGUUGUGCCAAAUGUAUGAACGAUCCGACGACCAGCUGCUCGAAUAUGCCCAGCCACCGAACACGCAGUCUAACCGCGCUCAAUAACAGCUCAAAGCUGCUGUCCCGCGUGCUAAAUGGGCGGGCCAAAGCAAGGCUGUACUGUGAUCCCGUGUACAACAUCUCCAAUUUGUACUUCAAGCGGUUCAUCAACUACAAAAUCACCAAAAGCCGUCGUCCCGUCAUGCGCAAGGGCUCGAGUCGAAGCGAGCGAUCAUCGGUCGGAGGAACCGCAGAUGGAUCCGGAGGAGGAGGCCAUUCGCCGGACAGUGGUGGUGGUGGAGGUGGAAAGAAGAAACAUCUCGCGGAAGGCACACCGAUGUACGCGACGGUGAACAAGAAGCUAAAGCUAAAAUCCCGCCUUGACGCUUUGCGGCGCAGUGGAACGGUUGUUGAUGCCGGUGCUGGUGGUCGAAGGGUGACAACACGCACAGGAGAAGCUCCCCGGCAGGGCACGAGGAAGCCUUCGAAGCAGGAAAAACGCACACCCGAAACCGCCAGUCCGGUGCCGGAAAUUUUCAUCACCGGCGUGUCCGGCUCGCCGACGAAACCGACGGGAAGCUCGAGCCGGAAGACGAGCUUCGAUUCAACCUGCAGCUCGAUGGAUUCGGGUUUCAUCGAUCAGCAGCAGCGGCAACAGCUUAAGCAGCAACUUCAGCAGCUGCAGCAGCUCAAACAGGAACAACCGCCAAAUGGUGCCGCCGUUCGAGUGGCCAGUGAGCAGGAGGAAGACGACGGUACCGAUCAGCUAAACGAUCUGUCUCGGGUGCAAAUCAAGGAGUGCCUGGUGACGCAGUCGCGCAAUCGGCGCAAAUCGUACGAAGAGUUCAAAUCGCUCUUCCGACAGGAAGUGGCGCCCAGUGGUGGGACAGACGCCGCAGCAAGUGGUGGUGGUGGUGUUGGUGGACACGCUGGUCGAUGUAGCAACACCGCCGGGCUGCCGUUGCCGAGCGUCGAUGAAAAAGAGAGUGUCAAGGCGAGACGGAAGUCCUACGAGGAGUUCAAAGCGUUAGUCAAAAUUUGUGAUACUAGCUUUAGCAGUUUGAAGACGACGGCCGAGGAGGAGCCGGAGAAGGAGCUGAAAGAAGCGCAGGACGAGCUGGAGCACGCGAGGACGCAACGAUCGGCCACGUUGCCUGCCGUUGUCACACCGAGCAACGGUUCCGUCGGGAAUCUGUUCAAGAUGAAGCGCAAAAAUUCGCGCCGUCUCAGUCUGAAGAAAACGUUCUCGUCCGGAGGCACGGAGUUGCAGCGAGCGGAGUCCGGCCGUGAAGGUGUUAGAGGUAGUACCAUCUACGACAUACUGCGUGGUGAUCGAAAGCCUGCGAGUCCGUUGAUCAAGGAGUUGGGUCCGUUGGCAUUGAGCCGAACGGCGGACGAAUUGUACCGCAAGAACUACAAGAUCUACGACAAGCUGAUUUCGUACGGUAGUCGGGCGUACAAGCGGUAUGACAAGUACAUGACGUACGGCACGAUCUACGAGAUCCUGCACCGCAAGUCCGACGCUGCCGAGGACGUGUUUCUGCGCAAGCGAGCUCUCUCGGAGAAGUACGCCAAGCGGAAGGUCGGUGUAUCCCCGCACUACGGCUCGGUGAAGCUGGGCACGAUCUACGAUAUCCUGCAGGGCAAGCAGAUCCAACAGCUGCAGCUUGAUGCGAGUUCGCGCAAGAAAUCCGUCCCCGACAAAGACGAGAGUCCACCAGCGACACUCUCGACGAUCUACGACAUCAUCCACUCGAAGAAAGCGUCCGAUCCGGCCUCGCCAAAAGGCAAGAACCGCUUUCUGGUGAAGAAGAUCACCGAGGAGGAGUUGCACUUGAGUAACGAGAAUAACCGUAACGAGCUGAACCUAUCACAAGCGUCAGUAGCGAAGGUUGGCACUCCUGCGGAUGCAAACGGUUCUCCAAAAGCUUCCGAGCGUGCCGGCGGAGAUGGUUUAAACGGUGGUCCACCGUCACCUGAUUAUACGACCCCAAAAUCGGUGGGUCAAACACGGAAGCCAGCUCGCACGCGUCGAUUCUCGAACAUUCUCUCGUACAGCUCAUCGAAACCGGCACCAACGGUGGCUCCGAGCACCACAAGCGAUGAACCGCGACUUGACAGUCCCCGACUGAAGCAGAUUGCGGCCAGUGAUGAGGAUCUGUACAAGAGCGCUACAGCGAAGUUGCGUGCUGCUCAGCAGCAGGUUCAGGUCCAUCAGCUAUCGGUGGACGAGCUGUACGCACGGAUCGGGAAGAUGCGCAAGUCCGCGACGGUUUCGACGGCUCUCUGCACCAAGAUUGACGAGGUCGCUGGUGAGGGUGGUGAUUCGACGUUGGAAUCUACCGGCAUAAAGGCUCUGGCGCUUCAACAACCACCCAAACAACGGCAUCAGCUGUUGGUGCCCGGGCGGCAAACUCUCGCACCAGGCGAUGAUCAAGAGGUCCUGCGAGUUGACGGUGGCAGUUGUCCGAAACCGGGCGUCAUUUUCAAGUCCAACUCGUUGGACAUGCUCGCACCGAAGAAGCUGUCACGGACGGCUCGAUGGAGCAAGCAGAUGCAGGAUGCGGCCACGGGUUUGAGCGGACCGAUCCGCAAACUUUCGCCGCUGAUCAUGCCAAUGAAGAAGGGCUCUGGUGUGGGUGAUCAGAAGAAAAGCACCCGGCGACUGUCCGAGUUCACGAGGGGUGAAUUUCUCAACGAGAAACCAUGGUACUUCCGCAAGAUAAAGAGAAUAGAAGCAGAGAAGAAGCUGCUACUGCCAGAGAACGAACAUGGCGCAUUCUUGAUCCGCGACUCGGAAAGCCGUCACAAUGAUUAUUCACUAUCCGUGCGCGAUGGCGAUACGGUCAAACACUACCGGAUUCGGCAGCUGGACGAGGGCGGAUUCUUCAUCGCCAGGAGGACCACAUUCCGCACGCUGCAGGAGCUGGUCGAGCACUACUCGAAGGAUUCCGAUGGUUUGUGCGUCAACCUAUGCAAACCGUGCGUACAGAUUGAGAAACCCGUCACGGAUGGUCUAUCUCAUCGCACUCGCGAUCAGUGGGAAAUCGACAGGACGUCGCUCAAGUUCGUGCGCAAGCUUGGCUCCGGUCAGUUCGGCGACGUCUGGGAGGGUCUCUGGAACAACACCACCCCGGUCGCAAUUAAGACACUCAAAUCGGGUACGAUGGAUCCGAAAGAUUUCCUUGCAGAGGCGCAGAUCAUGAAGAAGCUGCGACACACCAAGCUCAUCCAACUGUACGCCGUCUGUACACUGGAGGAACCGAUCUACAUCAUCACGGAGCUCAUGAAGCACGGCUCGUUGCUAGACUAUCUGCAGGGUAAGGGCAGAUCCUUGAAGCUGCCACAGCUCAUCGAUAUGGCUGCGCAGAUCGCGGCUGGCAUGGCGUAUCUCGAGUCCCAGAACUACAUCCAUCGUGACUUGGCCGCACGUAAUGUGCUGGUCGGUGAUAAUAAUAUCGUAAAGAUUGCCGAUUUCGGAUUAGCUAGAUUAAUCAAAGAAGAUGAAUAUGAGGCGCGCGUCGGGGCCCGUUUCCCGAUCAAGUGGACCGCUCCAGAAGCUGCCAAUUACAGCAAGUUCUCGAUUAAGUCCGAUGUCUGGAGUUUUGGCAUUCUGCUAACGGAGUUGGUCACAUACGGCAGAAUACCGUAUCCGGGCAUGACGAACGCCGAGGUGCUGACGCAGGUUGAGCACGGAUAUCGCAUGCCACAGCCGCAGAACUGCAAUACGCCACUGUACGAGAUCAUGCUCGAGUGCUGGAACAAGGACCCGAUGCGGCGGCCCACGUUCGAGACGCUCCAGUGGAAGCUGGAAGAUUUCUUCACCAUGGACCCAAGUGAAUACAAGGAGGCCGCUCCCUUCUGAUAAACGCCCCGCCGCGCUCGUUUAUCUCCGUCGCCACCGCCAGGAGCACAACACCAGCAGUGUAGCCCGGAAGUAGCCGGAAACGUCCGUAAUCCAAUCCUCUAGCGUGUCCCUAUUCGUUUUGUUUCCGGGCGUUUUCUCCAUAGCCGGGAAGCUACUGCCACCGCUGUUGGCUGGCAAAUGGCAGUUGCAACCGCGACGUGGGGGCGCCUCUGUUUGUCUGUGCGCGGACAGAAGCGUUCCUGUCGGUUGCAACCAUUGGCUAUUUAUUUACGUUUCUACGAUGCAUUCACACAUUCAGUCACAUUAGCUCUCAUAUUGCGUAUUAAAUAGGUUUACAGUGUCUUGUGGGAUGCGCCCACAACGCGACCGCAUAGCAUAGGCUGCGGAGUUGGGGGCGAGGGAACGCGUUUAUUACAAUUAUGUUAGCCACAAUCGAAUAGGGGAUGUCAAUGGUAACUCUCACCCGCGUGGUGGCGCAGGAUAGACUGAAGGAGGAGCGUAAUAGUACACAUUAUAGUGAUGCCAAUCGAGCGCGACCAAUCAAUGAACGAAUCCCGAUGUAUUAACAGGGGGAAGACUUACGUUUUCAGGUUAGGUAUUUCGUUUUUUGUUUGUUUGUUAUACACAUAGAUGAUUUCUUUACCCACUGUGAAUGUACGGCAGAUAAUCCUACCGUUGCACAUUCCUUCCUGGGGUGCAGACAACAGGCUAAUAGUAACAAAUGCAGAUACCAGCAAGCGUAUGCUUUUACAACCUCGGGUAUUUGUAAGCUUCGGUCUUUAGCUAUACGCUUCAGAACUCCCGAGCUAACGUGUCGCUGUUAUUUUUUUUCUUCUUUCUAGUAUAUCUAAUUGCCGCUUUAUAUCGCCAGACAAAAGUUAGUAUAAGGCUUAGACAAAAUCAGCGUGUGUUUAUCAUGGUCAUGGUUCUGCUACAACGUUUUUGUUCGUGCUUUUGUUCCCCCCAUUAGCGAAAUCGCGUUUCUAGCAUUCGAGACUUCUGCGCGUUUGCUGCAUUUACAAGCUCCCCGUGAAUGCAAUUCUAGCCUACAUCACAAACGUUGCGUUAUAUAUUGAUGUCUCUUUUUGCCGUCUUUAUUUUUUGUGUUCCAUAUUGUGCUUUUUUAUACCGUUCAAAUGAAUUGCUCUGAUUGUUGCUCCUCGAAUUUUAUUCGUUUACGUUGCUGAAGGGCCAAUCCAUAGAGAGUUAGAGCCGGAAGGAUGAAUUUUCUCGACGAUUUGUCGACGUUGUUCUGACACCAUCACCAUCAUUCCUCCCGAUUCUUGUAACGCAGUGGGACAGCGGCCGAGGGGUAAAGUGUGGCGGAAUUUGGAACCCGAUGGUUCCGGUAUGCGCAAACACGCGAAAAUGGUACUGAUUUUUAGGUAGUUGUGCUGGUAUUUCAAACAUUUUUUUUUCUCUUUUUUAAAUCGAAUUAAAACCUCUAGUAACGAUCACAACGAGAUUAGGACAAUUCAUCAUCACGAAAAGGUUGACGAGUACUAUCGGCUUUCAAGUGGUAUCGAGAAAGCAAACAAUCAAUCUCACAAAUUAGCGACAAAUGCAUAGAGAGAUAGAGAGAAAGGGAAAAAAGGAUCAAUCCAAGUCACUCUUCGUCUACAAAUGCGGGUGCAUUUAUGUUUAAGUGUAUGUGUUAAUCGAUCGUUCAUUCGUUCUCAGUAUCGUCUGUAUAAGAAAUCUUCGGUGAAACAAGAGAAAAAAAUAUAGUAAGUGUACAUAUGUUACGAAUAGCCUCCAGCAAAGGCUCGUUUCGAGGAAAUUAAGAUAGUUUUGCAGCGAAAAUCCAUCAGACAUGGACCGUGCACAAGCAUCUUUUAUUGGCCCAGUAAGUAAUGCAGCAAAAUCAAUUUUGGGUAUUUGAAUGAUGAUCAAUAAUUUAGCUAGUUCUUUGAAACAGCUUCAUCGAUGGUUGGUUUUUUUGCGGCAGAAUCAAUUGAACCUGGUUGGUAUGCUGCCUUGGGUGAUGAAUAGUGGCAACUCAUCAAAACUUCAUAAAAGUUAUGCAUGAUCUUCAAUAUUGCAUUGUCUAAGAAGUAGGGAGUGGCCUGAACACGUGGAAAACAAUUGCAUUGAUAAAAUAUUUACAAAACUGUACGUAAAAGAACACGCAGGGACAGUUGAUAUUACAAACAGUUAUCAAAUUUAUAUUUGAAACCGUAAGCAUGCGGUGUGCUGUAUGUAUCAACGAACCGUUAAACUUGAGACAAAGUGGAAGUGAGAAAUGAUCGUUACAAAGACCGCAGAAAUGUUUGACAAAUUUUCUAAUAAGCUGGACCGUGCUAAAGACAAACAAAAUGUAUAAAGCUUUGCAAAUUUUCAUGUCUCUCAAAACUAGACUCUCAUUACGCACCGAUUCACCGUUCUAGUAGCGAAAGGCAGUCGAGUACGCACUUUCUAUGAAUACGUUUUAAGUGUAAAUGUGUUGAUCAACUAAACUGAUUAUGAGGAAUGAACUCUUAUAUUAAUGAUAACGAGAACAAAAUACAUAUAGACAUACCGAAACACGAUCAAAUGUGACCCAUUUAAACCGAUGGUGAAAACUGAAAUAAAACAUUGAAAUACAUA